AUGUCGGCUCCUGUCGGGCCGCGGGGCCGCCCGGCCCCCACCCCGGCGGCCUCUCAGCCGCCUCUGCAGCCCGAGAUGCCCGACCUCAGCCACCUCACGGAGGAGGAGAGGAAAAUCAUCCUGGCCGUCAUGGAUCGGCAGAAGAAAGAAGAGGAGAAGGAGCAGUCGGUGCUCAAGGUCAAAGAAGAGCACAAACCACAACUGACACAGUGGUUUCCCUUUAGUGGGAUCACUGAACUGGUAAAUAACGUUCUCCAGCCCCAGCAAAAACAACAAAAUGAAAAGGAGCCCCAGACAAAACUUCAUCAGCAGUUUGAAAUGUAUAAGGAGCAGGUAAAGAAGAUGGGAGAAGAAUCACAGCAGCAGCAAGAACAGAAAGGUGAUGCUCCAACCUGUGGUAUCUGCCACAAAACAAAGUUUGCUGAUGGAUGUGGCCAUAACUGUUCAUAUUGCCAAACAAAGUUCUGUGCUCGUUGUGGAGGUCGAGUGUCAUUACGCUCAAACAAGGUUAUGUGGGUAUGUAAUUUGUGCCGAAAACAACAAGAAAUCCUCACUAAAUCAGGAGCAUGGUUUUAUAAUAGUGGAUCUAAUACACCACAGCAACCUGAUCAAAAGGUUCUCCGAGGACUGCGGAAUGAGGAGGCGCCUCAGGAGAAGAAAGCAAAACUGCAUGAGCAGGCCCAGUUCCAAGGACCCUCAGGUGACUUAUCUGUACCUGCAGUGGAGAAAAGUCGAUCUCAUGGCCUCACAAGACAGGAUUCUAUUAAAAAUGGGUCAGGAGUGAAGCACCAAAUUGCCAGUGACGUAGCUUCAGACAGGAAAAGAAGUCCAUCAGUGUCCAGAGAUCAGAAUAGAAGAUACGACCAAAGGGAAGAAAGAGAAGAAUAUUCACAGUAUGCUACUUCGGACAGCGCGAUGCCUAGAUCUCCAUCAGAUUAUGCUGAUAGGAGGUCUCAACGUGAACCUCAGUUUUACGAAGAGUCUGAUCAUAUAAAUUAUAGGGACUCCAACAGGAGAAGUCAUAGACAUUCCAAAGAAUAUAUUGUAGAUAAUGAGGAUGCGGAGGGCAGAGAUGAAUAUGAAAGACAAAGGAGAGAGGAGGAAUACCAGGCACGCUAUCGAAGUGAUCCGAAUUUGGCCCGUUAUCCGGUAAAGCCACAACCCUAUGAAGAACAAAUGCGUAUCCAUGCUGAAGUGUCACGAGCCAGGCAUGAGAGAAGGCACAGUGAUGUUUCUUUAGCAAAUUCUGAACUGGAAGACUCCAGGAUUUCCAUGCUAAGGAUGGAACGACCAUCAAGGCAAAGAUCUGUAUCUGAACGUAGAGCUGCCAUGGAAAAUCAGCGAUCUUAUUCAAUGGAAAGAACUCGAGAGGCUCAGGGACCAAGUUCUUAUCCACAAAGGACCACAAACCAUAGUCCUCCUACCCCCCGGAGGAGUCCAAUACCCAUUGAUAGACCAGACAUGAGACGUACUGACUCGCUAAGGAAACAACAGCACUUAGAUCCUAGCUCUGCUGUAAGGAAAACAAAACGUGAAAAAAUGGAAACAAUGUUAAGGAACGAUUCUCUCAGUUCUGACCAGUCAGAGUCAGUGAGACCUCCACCACCAAAGCCUCAUAAAUCAAAGAAAGGAGGUAAAAUGCGCCAGGUUUCAUUGAGCAGUUCAGAGGAGGAAUUAGCUUCUACACCUGAAUAUACAAGUUGCGAUGAUGUUGAGAUUGAAAGUGAGAGUGUAAGUGAAAAAGGGGACAGUCAAAAGGGAAAAAGAAAAACUAGUGAGCAGGCAGUUUUGUCGGACUCUAACACCAGGUCUGAGAGACAAAAGAAAAUGAUGUACUUUGGUGGCCACUCUUUGGAAGAGGAUUUGGAAUGGUCUGAGCCUCAGAUUAAGGACUCUGGGGUAGAUACCUGUAGUAGCACAACCCUUAACGAGGAGCAUAGCCAUAGUGAUAAGCACCCUGUGACGUGGCAGCCAUCUAAAGAUGGAGAUCGUUUAAUUGGUCGCAUUUUAUUAAAUAAGCGUUUAAAAGAUGGAAGUGUACCUCGAGAUUCAGGAGCAAUGCUUGGCUUGAAGGUUGUAGGAGGAAAGAUGACUGAAUCAGGUCGGCUGUGUGCAUUUAUUACCAAAGUUAAAAAAGGAAGUUUAGCUGAUACUGUAGGACAUCUUAGACCAGGUGAUGAAGUAUUAGAAUGGAAUGGAAGACUAUUGCAAGGAGCCACAUUUGAAGAAGUAUAUAACAUCAUCCUGGAAUCCAAACCUGAACCACAAGUGGAGCUUGUUGUUUCAAGACCUAUUGGAGAUAUACCUAGAAUACCUGAUAGCACACACGCACAACUGGAGUCCAGUUCUAGCUCAUUUGAAUCUCAAAAAAUGGAUCGUCCUUCUAUUUCCGUUACAUCUCCCAUGAGUCCUGGCAUGUUGAGGGAUGUUCCACAGUUCUUAUCUGGACAACUUUCAAGCCAAAGCCUUAGUAGAAGAACAACGCCUUUUGUUCCUAGGGUUCAGAUAAAACUAUGGUUUGACAAGGUUGGUCACCAAUUAAUAGUUACAAUUUUGGGAGCAAAGGAUCUCCCUUCCAGGGAAGAUGGGAGGCCAAGGAAUCCUUAUGUUAAAAUUUACUUUCUUCCAGACAGAAGUGAUAAAAACAAAAGAAGAACUAAAACAGUAAAGAAAACAUUGGAACCCAAAUGGAACCAAACAUUCAUUUAUUCUCCAGUCCACCGAAGAGAAUUUCGGGAACGAAUGCUGGAGAUUACCCUUUGGGAUCAAGCUCGAGUUCGAGAGGAAGAAAGUGAAUUCUUAGGAGAGAUUUUAAUUGAAUUAGAAACAGCCUUAUUAGAUGAUGAACCACAUUGGUACAAACUUCAGACCCACGAUGUUUCUUCAUUGCCACUUCCCCACCCUUCUCCAUAUAUGCCACGACGACAACUACAUGGAGAGAGCCCAACACGGAGGUUGCAAAGGUCAAAGAGAAUAAGUGAUAGUGAAGUCUCUGACUAUGACUGCGAUAAUGGAAUUGGUGUAGUAUCGGAUUAUCGACACAAUGGUCGAGAUCUUCAAAGCUCAACAUUGUCAGUGCCAGAGCAAGUAAUGUCAUCAAACUAUUGUUCACCAUCAGGGUCUCCUCACCGAGUAGAUGUUAUAGGAAGGACUAGAUCUUGGUCACCCAGUGUCCCUCCUCCACAGAGUCGGAAUGUGGAACAGGGACUUCGAGGGACACGCUCUACUAUGGGACAUUAUAAUACAAUUAGCCGAAUGGAUAGACAUCGUGUCAUGGAUGACCAUUAUUCUCCAGAUAGAGACAGUCAUUUUCUUACUCUACCUCGCUCCAGAUACAGUCAGACCAUUGAACAUCAUCACAGGGAUGGCAGGGAUUGUGAAGCAGCAGAUAGACAGCCAUAUCACAGAUCCAGAUCAACAGAACAACGGCCUCUCCUAGAGCGGACAACCACCCGCUCCCGAUCCACUGAACGUCCUGAUACAAACCUCAUGAGGUCGAUGCCUUCAUUAAUGACUGGAAGAUCUGCCCCUCCUUCACCUGCCUUAUCGAGGUCUCACCCUCGUACUGGGUCUGUCCAAACAAGCCCAUCAAGUACUCCAGUGGCAGGACGAAGGGGCCGUCAACUCCCACAACUUCCACCAAAGGGAACAUUGGAGAGAAAAGAAGUGGACUCCACAAGGAGAAGACAUGCAGGUGCUAUGGAUAUAGAGGAGAGAAAUCGCCAAAUGAAAAUUAACAAAUACAAACAGGUAGCCGGAUCAGAUCCCAGACUGGAACAAGAUUACCAAUCAAAGUAUCGAUCAGGAUGGGAUCCUCAUAGAGGGGCAGAUAAUAUUUCCACUAAAUCUUCGGACAGUGAUGUAAGUGAUAUAUCAGCGGUUUCAAGGACUAGUAGUGCUUCUCGUUUCAGCAGCACAAGCUACAUGUCUGUCCAAUCAGAACGGCCAAGAGGAAAUAAGAAAAUCAGUGUCUUUACAUCCAAAAUGCAAAGCAGACAAAUGGGCAUCUCAGGGAAGAACAUGACUAAAAGCACCAGCAUCAGCGGAGACAUGUGCUCGCUGGAGAAGAAUGAUGGCAGCCAGUCUGACACUGCAGUGGGCGCCUUGGGCAGCAGCAGCAAAAAGCGGCGCUCUAGCAUUGGGGCCAAAAUGGUAGCUAUUGUUGGUCUCUCCCGGAAAAGCCGCAGUGCUUCUCAGCUCAGCCAAACGGAAGCCGGUGGUAAAAAGCUACGGAGCACCGUGCAGAGAAGUACAGAGACAGGCUUGGCUGUGGAAAUGAGGAACUGGAUGACUCGACAGGCAAGCCGAGAAUCUACAGACGGCAGCGUGAACAGCUACAGCUCAGAAGGAAAUCUGAUUUUCCCUGGUGUCCGCUUGGCCUCUGAUAGCCAAUUCAGUGAUUUUCUGGAUGGCCUUGGCCCUGCCCAGCUAGUGGGGCGCCAGACUCUGGCCACACCUGCCAUGGGUGACAUUCAGGUAGGAAUGAUGGACAAAAAGGGACAGUUGGAGGUGGAAAUCAUUCGGGCCCGCGGCCUUGUUGUAAAACCAGGUUCCAAGACACUGCCAGCACCAUAUGUAAAGGUGUAUCUAUUAGAUAAUGGAGUCUGCAUAGCCAAAAAGAAAACAAAAGUGGCAAGAAAGACGCUGGAACCCCUCUACCAGCAGCUAUUAUCUUUUGAAGAAAGUCCCCAAGGAAAGGUUUUACAGAUCAUAGUCUGGGGAGACUAUGGCCGCAUGGAUCACAAAUCCUUUAUGGGAGUGGCCCAGAUACUUUUAGAUGAACUGGAGCUAUCCAAUAUGGUGAUCGGCUGGUUCAAACUUUUCCCCCCUUCCUCCCUAGUAGAUCCAACCUUGGCCCCUCUGACAAGAAGAGCUUCCCAAUCAUCUCUGGAAAGUUCAACUGGACCUUCUUACUCUCGUUCAUAGCAGCUGUAAAACUGUUGUCAUAGCAACCAGCGUUACAAAAAAAAAAAACAAACCCACAGGUCGCAAACCCUGGUAACACUGCAUGCUUAAUGUUGUGUCUUCUGAGCCUGUUUCUAGGGAUACAAAGCGAUCCUGUGUUCUCAGAGGAAGUUGCACACAUUGUGCCCUAAAGAAGGCCCUCAGGUGAAAGAGCGGAGCUAUGACGAACUAUCAGGUUUGGAGUUCAAUAACACUCACGUUUCGGUCCAAUCCGAAGCCAUGGAUUAAUCUCAAAGAAUCAGUUUCAUGCAGCAAAAGCCCUUUUCAAUGGCACCUUUAUAUUUUUAUCGUUCCUUUUUCUUCAUUUCUCUGACCCCAAAGUCCUGUGAUGCCACAGAAAUGGAGCUAUC